AUGGCUCGUAUUACUCUUAGCGACUCUGACCAGCUGGUCCGAGACUGGUUCAUGGGCUACGCAACGUCCCUCGGUUGCCGCAACAGCGAAAGGGUAAUCCGACUGAGGAAACGCAGAAACCAGACAUCAUUUGCCGACCGACCGCGACUCAACUUCACCGUGAAUUCAUCACCAGGUCUCGAUGACUUUCUUUUGUCAUUGGAAAGGCACUACACCAGUGGCGAGUUUGCUGAUGCUGUCAUAACUUGCAAAGGCCAAGUCUUCAACAUCCACAGUCGUCUUGUCAGCUCAUUCCAAGAGUCGAUCGAACGAAAAAUCGAGAUUAAAGACUUUGAUCCGAUUAUCGUGGCAGCAAUGCUUUGUUUCGUCUAUACCUUUGACUACGACGAACCCAGCGAUGAUAAAUCAAUGCUAUUUCAUGCAGAGGUCUACAAAGUUGCCAACAUGUACGACAUACCGGCGCUCAAGGAGUGUUCGAAGAAAAAGUUUGCUUCUGCUAUGAAUGCUGACUGGAACACGGACGACUUUCCGUAUGCAAUCAGCGAAGUCUACAAGAACACUCCCUUGGAAGACGGGGGACUUCGUGACUUGACCGUGGCGAUCACACGAGAGCAUAUCAAGACACUCAUCGGGCGCGACGAUUUCUCUAGACUUCUCAGAAAAACUGCUGAUUUUUCAGCUGAUUUGAUACCUUUCCUAUGUGGUGGCACCAGCGGAGAUGGAAUCCAAAUGGCACACGGGCACCCGCAAGGUCGAGAUGUAUGCCCCAACUGUUUGCAACCAAAACGGAUUGUUUUGGAUGCAGCUCAUUUUGAUACAGCAGCUAUCGCUUGGUCCAUAACGAUAGACAUUUAUAGCUAA